AUGCUGCGACCGUGGAUUUGUCGCGCUUGUCGACUACAACCACGCCUGCACCGUCGCGCCAUCACCACCACCUCCCUCCGCACAGCGUCUGCCUCCGCCUCGCCUGUUCACUCCUCGUCCUCCAAGUCCUCUGACGACGAUACCCUCCGCCGGGUCUUCGACUCCCAGUCCUUCUGGCACGAAUUCUCCAAGUCCGCCUCGUUCUCUCCCAACCGCAAGCCGACCGGUCUAGUUCAGAACCAGUACUUAACAACCCCCGAGGGCUUCCGCACAUUUGCGCAGGUAUCGCUGCAGAAAUGCCAGGCGAUUGUUACUCGAGUGCUGUCCGCGUCGACGGUCGAUGAAUACCGGUCCCUGGUGCGCCAGCUGGACCGACUGAGCGACCUGCUAUGCCGCGUCAUCGACCUGUCCGACUUUAUCCGGGCCAACCACCCGGAUCCGCCCGUGCAAGAGGCUGCAGGCCAGGCCUAUGCCCUCAUGUUCGAGUACAUGAACGUACUCAACACCACGACUGGGCUUCAUGAUCAGCUGCGCACCGCGCUGGCUGACCCGGCCGUUACGGCCCAUUGGUCCUCCGAGGAGACCAUUGUUGCGCGUAUCCUGCUCCAGGAUUUUGCAAACUCGGCGAUUCAUAUGCCUCCGGCCGAACGGCAACGGUUCGUCACCCUCUCCAACGAGAUCAGUCAGCUCGGAUCAGCUUUUGCUCAUGGUGCUGAGCCUGCGCGCUCACAUGUCCUUGUCCCUACGAAUGAUCUGCGAGGUUUGGAUCCCAUCGUGGUCAAGCAGAUCAAGCGCUGGAACCUCCGGUCUGCCGCCGUGCCAACAGUCGGGUUGAUCCCGCGCCUGGCUCUGCGCUCCGUUCACAAUGAGGAUGUACGGCGCGAGAUAUACGAGGCCACGCGCACUGCUAGCUCUCGACAGGUCAAGCGAUUGGAGCAGUUGCUGUCCAAGCGCACUGAAUUGGCUCAGCUCGCGGGCUUCCCCACAUUUGCCCACAUGACUUUGACCGACAAGAUGGCCAAGAGCCCUGCGGCUGUUUCAGAGUUUCUGACAUCUUUGGUCACUAGCAAUCGUCCUGAUGUACAGGAAGAGCUUGCUCAACUUCAGGCCCAAAAGGGAAGCCAACUCCAGCCAUGGGACCACGCAUACUAUGUCCACCAACGGGUGCGCCAAUACGAGACGUCUCAACAAGCGCGCAAGUCGCGCGAGUGGGCCACCAUCCCCGAGUUCUUUUCGCUAGGAACUGUCAUGCAAGGUCUAUCGCGUCUGUUUGAUCGCCUAUAUGGCGUUCGUCUGGUUCCUCAAGAGGCUGGUCCAGGAGAAACAUGGACAUCAGAUGUUCGCCGUCUUGAUGUAGUCAACGAAUCAAACCAUCCACUAGCUGUCAUCUACUGUGACUUGUUCUCUCGUCCGGGCAAGCUUCCAAACCCGGCACACUUUACUCUGCGUUGUGCUAGAGAAAUCACACCCGAGGAGGUAGCCGAGUCCGCAGCAAUGGAAGACUCUGCUGUCAUCGCCCAUCCAAACGAUGGCAUGGCGACAGCCAUCGAUCCACACACCCAAACUCUCCGCCAGCUCCCUACCAUCGCACUCGUAUGCGACUUUCCCGAGCCAUCUUCGUCCACCCCGACUCUCCUAAGCGAACACAGCGUGCGCACCCUCUUCCACGAAAUGGGCCACGCACUUCACUCAAUCCUCGGUCAAACACGACUGCAGGGCAUCUCAGGCACGCGCUGUGCCACCGAUUUCGCCGAACUCCCCUCUGUGCUGAUGGAACGAUUCGCAACCGACCCCUCCGUCCUCGCCCUCUACGCCCGCCACUGGAAAACCGACCAGCCCCUCUCGGAAACCAUGAUCCACCGCAUGGCGCAGGACCGCGCAGCCCACGGCGCAAUCUACGGCGCCGUCGAAAACGAGGCCCAAAUCCUAAUGGCCCUCGUCGACCAAGCCUACCACACCACCGCGACCGAAAACUCCUUCCUCGACACCACAAAGCUCUACCAGCAAGUCUACUCGACACACGCCAGUCUCCCCGACCCAGUCGACCAACACGGCCGCCCCUCGACCUCCUGGCAGGGCUUCUUCGGUCACCUUUACGGCUACGGCGCCACAUACUACAGCUACAUCUUCGACCGCGCGAUCGCGAACAAGCUCUGGGAGGACGUCUUCGAAAGCGGUGCCGCGGCCGUCGACCGCGAGGCCGGCGAGCGCUACAAGAAUGAGGUCCUCCGCUGGGGCGGUGGACGGAAUGGAUGGGAGUGCGUUGCCGGAGUAUUGGGCGAGCAGAACGCGUCCAAUGCAAACGGGAGACUCGUCGAAGGUGGAGACGAGGCGAUGCGAGAAGUUGGGCGAUGGGGACUAGGCCGGGAUGGGAUUUCCGGCUGA